AUGCGCUUGUGUAGCUACCGCCAAGUGGACAUAUCUACUGACAUAGCUGUGGGCAGCUUAAUCCGGAUCAAGAAAGUCAGCGUCAAAGAGGCAAAACGUGUUGCAGAAGCUAGCGGUUGUGGCUGGGCCAGCAACAUGGAAGAGUGCUUGGGCCAAGAAGGACAAUAUGUGACGAAAGAUAGCGACGGCUUUCAGCUGCAGAUGCGUGGAGACGUCAUGCUUGUAGGAGACCUUGCAGUUUGCUGUGACCUCUGGUGCUUGCUCCAGGGAAGUAAGAAGAAAAGGCCAGAUGGUCAACAGUGGUGGUUUCCGCCGGCGUUGCUUCACCUGAACCUGUCUCCUACCGAUCCUACUGGUACAGAGGAUGUUGACUCUGGGAAGAUCGUGUUCGACCCGAAGGGGCGCAAACUGUGGCGAUGCUACGGUUGGGACGCAUGCUUUUUGAUGGAUUGGGCGAGUUUGACCAGGCUUGGCAUCAGUGCGAAAUACAGAGACGACUAUGAAGAAUGGGCGGCAGGAGUUGUCGAGUGGGCCCCGCAGGACUGGCGGGCUGGUCGUGAGCUUCAGGGGAGGCCUUCCUUGCUUGGACUGCGUGGCAUUCGCCCGGUGGAGAUUGAAGAGGAUGCUUCAAUUGGGCUUUGGUUGACUGCUGGGGCAAAGGAUGCUGCUCGGAGCAGCGGGAAGUUUUAUCAUGAAGUUCAGCUGUUUACUGACACCGGUUGUCCUCAAUUCGGUUGGCUGUCAACCGGCUUUGAAGAAGGGCCGCACGACGGGAAUGGUGUUGGGGACGACGAGCAUGGCAAUGCCUUCGAUGGAGAUCGCCUGUUAAACUGGAAGGCAGGCCGGAAGCAGAAGGUGGAAGUUGAGCGGUGGAAGGUGGGUGACAUCCUGGGUUUUGCCAUCGACCUGGACGCUGGCGUCAUGCGUCUGUCGCACCAAGGUAAAUGGCACAGCGGAGAGGGCUAUGUCAUGAAAUCUGACGAGAUGGGAGGCCGUGAGUGGUAUCCAGCCGUGUCUGGGCGUGUCUUUUACCAGAUGCACAUCGACAAGAAAACCUGGCGCUUCGCACCGCCGCAACCAUCUGAAGACUACCAGGCUUGGGCGAGUGGCAUCUUCGAGUGGUCGCCGCAGAGGGUUGGAGGUUGA